GAGGCAGGUGAGCGCAGCCCGCAGGUGUGUACAGCUACGUCCAAGGCAGGGCUGGCGGCGAUGAUGAUGAUGAUGUCAAAGCGGGCGGGGGAACGCAAGUGCCAAGCAACAGGUUCCAGAUCAGAAUCUCGCUUUUCAAACACUCGCAUUUCGCCUUCCAUCGCUGGGGAGCAGGUGGCGCCUGACUGAUCGCAGCCCGCCUUUCCUCCCUCUCCCUCCUUACCAUGGGGGGGAAAAAGAAAAAGGAAGAUACCCCUGCCGAGGCUUCCUCCUCCGGCCCUUACGGGGAGAAAUGCAAAUAUGACCCCUCAUUUCGUGGCCCUAUCCAGAAAAGGAGCUGCACCGAUAUCAUUUGCUGCGUUCUCUUCACGCUCUUUAUCGCUGGCUACAUCGUGGUGGGGAUUCUGGCCUGGCUGUAUGGCGAUCCUCGGCAAGUUAUUUAUCCCAGGAAUUCAACUGGAGCCUAUUGCGGAAUUGGUGCCAAUAGCGACAAACCUUUUGUUCUCUAUUUCAACAUCAUAAAAUGCGUCACCGCUCUGAACCCGCUGGCACUGGCAAUGAAUGGAUUGCAAUGCCCUACCACACAGGUUUGUGUCUCUUCCUGUUCGGACAGUUUCUGGGUGGUGCCUCCAAAGGCUUUCAUCCCUCCCAGUGCCUUAAAUCAAGUGCACCCUUCCACGGUAUGGAACCAGUCCCUGUGCCAGCCCGCCAUUAACCUGACUACUACUGAGCUGACUGUGGCAGAAAUUCUCAACCAGCAACUUUGUCCAGAAUUCACCAUCCCAACCAAACCACUCAUUAAUCGUUGCUUCCCUAGUUUCAACAUUUCUCAAGUUGAAAACUUUAAAGUGGGCGGUAUGACGGCCAAUGAAACCAUGCAAAGUCUCAAGGAUGGCACAGAACAACUUCUACAGGGCCUUAAUGCUAAGAAUAUAGGAUUGAAGAUCUUUGAGGACAUCACACGGUCAUGGUACUGGAUCCUGAUAGGACUCCUGAUUGCCCUGGUGCUGAGCCUGCUCUUCCUCCUGCUGCUGAGGUUCACAGCUGGGGUGCUGGUGUGGAUUCUCAUCGUGGGGGUGCUGGCUGUCAUUGCGUAUGGAAUCUACCACUGCUAUAUGGAGUACAGUGAGCUCAACAAGAAGGGUGCCACCAUCCAGACCCUUGGAUUUACCACCAAUGUAGCUGCCUAUGGUAGCGUCAAGGAAACCUGGCUUGCGGCCUUGAUAGUCCUUUGUGUGACGGAAGCCAUUUUGCUUCUCUCCCUCCUGUUCCUCCGCAAACGGAUCUUCAUUGCCAUUGCGCUCAUCAAGGAAGCGAGCCGAGCCAUUGGGCACAUGAUGUCUUCCCUCGCUUACCCAAUCGUGACCUUCGUCUUGCUGGUGGUAUGUGUGGCCUACUGGGGAAUGACUGCCCUAUAUCUUGCCACCUCUGGAGCGCCCCUCUAUCGCACCACUCCCACAAAUGAGAGUGCUCCUGGCUGUGAAAAUAUCUCUGGUAAUGUGAGCUGCAGUCCAUUGACGUUCAAUGCCACCCAAGACCUCCCUUGCGUGACCGAAUGCGUCUUCUUCAAGUACAACGACGAAGGGCUGUUCCAGCGCAACAUCUUCAACCUUCAGAUCUACAAUGUCGUGGGCUUCCUCUGGUGCCUCAACUUUGUCAUUGCUCUUGGACAGUGUGUGCUGGCGGGCGCCUUUGCCUCCUAUUACUGGGCCUUCAACAAGCCCCGAGAUAUCCCCACCUGCGCUGUGACCAGUGCCUUUAUCCGGACAUUACGAUACCACAUAGGGUCUCUCGCAUUUGGUGCCCUCAUCCUCACCAUUGUCCAGGUCAUCCGCAUCAUACUGGAAUAUUUGGACCACAAGUUGAAAGAUUCCCACAAUCCAGCUGCCCGGUGUAUUCUUUGCUGUCUGAAAUGUUGCUUCUGGUGUCUGGAGAAGUUCAUCAAGUUCCUCAACAGAAACGCCUACAUUAUGAUCGCCAUUUAUGGAAAGAAUUUCUGUGUAUCAGCCAAAAAUGCCUUCAAGCUACUGAUGCGCAACGUUGUCAGAGUCGUCGUGCUGGAUAAAAUUACGGACCUGUUGCUGCUUUUUGGGAAGCUCUUGGUGGUCGGCGGAGUGGGCAUUCUGGCCUUCUUCUUCUUCACGGGGCGAAUCCCCAUUGACAACUCCCAGUUCCAAUCCCCCGUCCUCAACUACUAUUGGCUGCCCAUUCUGACUGUGGUGGUAGGUGCCUACUUCAUAGCCCAAGGAUUCUUCAGUGUCUACAGUAUGUGUGUCGACACUCUGUUCCUCUGUUUCCUGGAAGACCUGGAGCGGAAUGAUGGCUCCCUGGAGAAACCCUAUUACAUGUCCAAGUCCCUCAUGAAGAUCCUCAACAAGAAGAACAAGAAAGCCAAGGACAAGUAGAAAUAGUGCUUUUCGGUGGGAGGGGGGCAGCUCCCCUUAUAACGUGCAUUUCCGGUCCACAUCAUUUCUUCCUGCAUCACUCCCUGUCAGCCAUUUCUGCAUUUUUAGGCUCUAUGCCUGCCCAUAUCAGGUACAGCUCAAUAUAUCGCUUCUCUCUCCAUUCCAGUCCAUACCGCAUCCAUGUUCGGCAUUCGGAGCCUUGCAUGAGGUGACUGACCAGCCUUUGCCACAUUUUGAUUUGCCACAUUGCCUUGCCAGUUUCAAAAGUGCAAUAUUUUAUUGACUAUGUUGUUUUAGAUUCUGGUGUGUGUGUUUUUAGAUGAUGGCAACCAUUUUAUCAUGAUGCCCCACUUUUAAUCCAACCAUAUUGGGGUGGAGGUGGUGGUUUUUACAUUUCUGUGACCAACCAUUGUUUCCCCGUGUGCACGCACUCCGAUACUUGGUCUUACUUCCCUGCCAGUGCCCUCACUUCUACUCCACGUAGCCCCUUCCAGACUGCUAUUUUUCUUUCUGUCUUGUCUUCCAAAUCUCCUGGUCUUCCAAAUCCCCUUCGCUAGAGGCUCCCCGUACUUGAUCAGUCAAAGCAGGGAAGCACUUUGCAGCAUUUCCUGCCAACUAGUAUCCUGAUGAAGCUAAUCAAUCUGUAGGCUAUGAGGUUGUAGCCAAUGUUACUCUAACUUAAGUCCUGUUCAUUUCAAUAGGUCUCUCUUAAGCAGGACUAACACUGUGUCAAAACCACUGUUCUUCUAUUCAUGGCUGGUCACUUUCCUGGUCUUUUCAAUAAACAGCAGGUUUCUUUGUGGUCUGUGCCAAAUCAGGCAAUUGGGAUCCACGCGAGAGUCCCUUCUAAAACUCACUGUGCAGCGAGGCAGCCUGUUCUAGCUCCUGAACAUGUGGCAAAUUCCUGUGCUUCUCUAGCCCAUUAAGUGACUUUAGUGGGGUGGGGGGAAGCCAAGGGCAGCCUUCUCCCAACCUGGGGCCCUUCAAGUGUGUUGGACUACAACUCUGUGGCUGAGGAUGAUGAGAGUUGUAGUCCAGCACACCUGGAGGGCCCCAGGUUGAGGAAGGCUGCCCUAGGUUAACUAGGUGGCUGGUAGCUCCCUUUGAUGUCCUCUCCAGCUGUUUACAACUACUGCAUGGUAAGCUACUCAGAUGGCUUCAGUGUGUUUCAUAGUUGCCCGUUUCCACCCUGACAGCCACUUCUGGAUUAAUUUGGGGAGGGGGGGGGAGACUCUUAAUGUUUUCAGAUUACUUGUGCCUACCAAUUUUUCUGUUUCAUUCAUUGGUCUUCCAGGUAAAUUUCAUUAUCUAACCCUGCCCAAACUCUUUGUUGCUGUUGUUCCUCUAAUAACUUCCACCUGUCAUCUGGUCUUUCAGUUCAAACUAUACCAAUUCCUGCACCGGCAGUUCUUUUUUCAGGGUAUCUUGUCUGUUCUCUAUGGCAUUGGCCAAACUCCUAACAAAGAGUUGUGCACUUAAAUCUAAUGAAGCAAAUGGGUUUACACACACACACACACACUCCACCCUGAAUGGUAACCCACUAAGUGCCUUCAUUUACAAAUUACACUUCCCUUGUCCAAAUUCGUUUCCUAGUUUUGCUAUGGACUUUUGGUCUGCAAUGUUGUUUUUUAUUCCCACACUUUGAGCCUCACCUUCUACCAAUCAGCUUCUAGCCUUAUAUUGUUUCUACGGGCCUGGCUGCCCUCUUUUGUAAUACAAAAACAAUUUGUUUGUGGUGCAAAAUGCAAUCAACGCUCCUUAGAUCCCUUUUUAUAUGACCCAUGUGAGCUGCUAAAAUGUACUGUAAAUAUCUUUCUUUCUGUACAAAAAAAUUAAGAGCUUUUUUAUAAGGAGGAGACAAAUUUAUUAAAGCUGAUUUUAACUAAA